GGGCUGGCUGUUUGGACAGUGAAAGGGGGAGGCAGAGCUCUCUAGUCAGUAGGCCUGGUAGUCACUUAGCAAGGAGCAACAAUGAGGCCUACAUGCCUGAGAAAAUCCCCAUCUGCAAGACGUCUGUGGCUGAGAGCAGGCCCGCUGAUGCUAUGAGUGCAUUUAUGUGGUUUUUACUAAAAGAGAAAGAGAGGGGAGAAAAAAGAGAGGACAAUAGAAAGAAGGAAAAGAGAUGAAGGGAGGGGAAGAGAGAGGGGAAUGUGGGGUGGUGAGCUGUGAGCAGAUUUGGAAUGCCAUUGUUAGAGCUCGCUGCUCUGUGUUGUAGAGAGGGACAGCUGCCUCUGAGGCCGGCCUGCUCGUGAGACAGGCAGCCCAGUUCACCGGGAAUGUUCUCCGUAAAGACAGACAGACAGACAGACAGACAGGCAGAGACAGACAGACAGGCAGACAGACAGACAGACAGACAGACGACAGACAGGCAGGUGGUGCCUAACUCAACCAGCUGGGAGUUAAGGAAAGGAACUAGGAGGAAUUUGGGGAGUGGCGUUUUAAAGCUUCCUCUUUCCUCUCCUUACUCUAAAAGAAAAGGGGCCUAGCUAUAUUAGUCAGGGCAGAGGCGAAAGGCAGAGUGAGGGGCUUUAGCUCUUGAUGCUAGGUGAAGUGCAGGCCUGAUAGUUAUGCCUUAUGCAGGUCAGACUGAGAGAGCAGUUGUGUAAAUGCAACUUCAAAGGAGAAAUUCCAAACCCUGCUGUUGGAAAAGUGGCUGAAAGAUGAGGCGAGGCUGAAGAAUAGUACAGUCAUAGGGCUGUGACGCAUCAAGAGGUGAUGGGUUAAGCGGUUCCUGUGCCCUCUUUGAAUGUCCGCCACCAUGGCUAAGCGUGAGACCGGCAGCACCAGCCCUGUGGUCAGGCAGAUAGACAAGCAGUUCCUGGUCUGCAGCAUUUGUUUGGACCAUUAUCACAACCCCAAGGUCCUGCCCUGCCUGCACACCUUCUGUGAGAAAUGUCUACAGAACUACAUCCCUCCCCAGUCUUUGACGCUGUCCUGCCCAGUGUGCAGACAGACUUCCAUCUUGCCAGAGAAGGGUGUGGCAGCCCUGCAGAACAACUUCUUCAUCACAAACCUAAUGGAGGUGUUACAGCGAGACCCAGAGUGCAGCCGACCUGAGGCCUGUAAUGUUCUGGAGUCAGCCAGUGCAGCGACGGCCUGUCAGCCCCUCUCUUGCCCCAAUCACGAGGGCAAGGUGAUGGAGUUUUACUGCGAGUCAUGUGAAACAGCCAUGUGUCUGGAGUGUACAGAAGGGGAACACAGGGAACAUGUGACAGUUCCUCUGAGGGAUGUGCUGGAACAGCAUAAGUCAGCGCUAAAAAAUCAGCUGGACGCUGUGCGCAACAGGCUACCUCAGCUGACGGCUGCCAUUGAGCUUGUGAAUGAGAUUUCAAAGCAGCUUACAGAGCGGAAAAAUGAGGCAGUGACUGAAAUCAGUAACACGUUUGACGAGCUGGAGAAGGCCUUACACCAACGCAAGACUGCUCUCAUUACUGAGGUGGAAAACAUCUGCAGCACUAAGCAGAAGGUGCUUCAAGCCCAGCUGACCUCUUUGCUUCAGGGCAAAGAGAAUAUUCAAAGCAGCUGCAACUUCACCGAGCAGGCCCUGAGCCACGGCAGCGCCACGGAGGUCCUGCUGGUCCAGAAGCAGAUGGGCGAGCGGGUCAGUGCCCUGGCACGACACACAUUUCCUGAGCAUCCCCACGAAAACGGACAUCUGGAAUGCCAGGUAGAGACGGAUGGACUGAGACGCUCCAUUCAGAACCUGGGAGUCCUGAUCACAACAGGGACUGUAGGCCACACCAGUGUCGCCACCGGCGAAGGCCUGCGGCACGCAUUAGUCGGCCAACACACUACUGUCACAGUCACUACUAAAGACAAGGACGGAGAGCUAGUGAAGACUGGCAACGCCACUCUGAGGGCAGAGAUCAUCUCUGCAGACGGAGUGUGCACUGAAGCCGAGGUGGCGGACAACAAGAACGGCACCUACGAGGUCGGAUACACCAUCCGCUCAGAGGGAGAGUUCACCUUCUCUUUGCUGCUGUACGAACAGCCCGUGAGGGGGAGUCCGUUCCGUUUGCGCGCCGUCAAGCCGUCAGACGUCCUGCAGUCGCCAGACGACGUGAAGAGAAGGGUGAAGUCCCCAAGUGGAGGAGGAGGUCAUGUUCGACAGAAGGCUGUGCGCAGACCCUCCAGCAUGUACAGCACCACCAAGAAAAAGGAAAACCCAAUAGAGGAUGAGCUGAUCUACAGAGUGGGAACAAGAGGGCGAGACAAAGCAGAAUUCACUAACCUACAAGGCAUCUCCACCUCCAGUAAUGGACGGAUCGUGGUGGCCGACAGCAACAACCAGUGUAUACAGGUUUUCACAAAUGAUGGCCAGUUUAAGAUGAGGUUUGGGGUCAGGGGUCGUUCACCAGGGCAGCUGCAGCGCCCCACAGGGGUCACAGUGGACAUGAACGGGGAUAUUAUUGUAGCAGAUUACGACAACAGAUGGAUUAGCAUCUUCUCUUCGGAUGGCAAGUUCAAGAACAAAAUUGGAGCUGGGAGACUGAUGGGACCCAAAGGUGUGGCUGUGGAUAAGAAUGGGCAUAUCAUCACAGUUGAUAAUAAGGCCUGCUGUGUCUUCAUCUUCCAAUCAAAUGGGAAGCUGGUGACUAAGUUUGGAGCCAGAGGAACAUCGGACAGACACUUUGCAGAAAAAAGUGGUGCAAACAUUGCACUGGAACAAAAGCUUAGUAAAUCUGGCCCUGUUUUCAGUCCUCACUUUGUGGCCGUAAAUAACAAAAAUGAAAUUGUGGUAACAGACUUUCAUAACCAUUCAGUCAAGGUGUACAAUGCAGAUGGGGAGUUCCUGUUUAAAUUUGGCUCCCACGGAGAGGGCAACGGCCAGUUCAAUGCCCCGACAGGCGUGGCUGUGGAUGCCAAUGGAAAUAUCAUUGUUGCCGAUUGGGGUAACAGUCGGAUCCAGGUGUUCGACAGCUCAGGGUCCUUCCUGUCCUACAUCAACACAUCAGCGGACCCCCUUUACGGCCCCCAGGGCCUGGCCCUCACAUCUGAUGGUCAUGUGGCGGUGGCGGACUCUGGGAACCACUGCUUCAAGGUCUACCGCUACCUGCAGUAGAGACCGGAGACGGCCAUCUUCACCACUGCGAGCACUGACAACGACACAGCCAAUGUAUUCCCCCGGGUGCAAUGACCUUUCCAAUACAGCCUUUUGAUGUGCACAUCAGCUGAUCUCCCGGAUAUAAUUAAGUGUGUGAUCAUGAGUUUACCCUCCUUUAUGAUGUGUAUUGAAGGUUGUUUUUAAAGUUGGAUAAUGUAGCAUCCUUGUAAUGGACAUAAAGCUAUGGACUGGUUUUAGAGAACGUGCAAAAACUGUUUUUGUGUGUUGUAUGCUGUUGAUGGUAUUAUUAAAUCACACUUUCUGUGAGACCGGACAGGGUAGGAUUUAGAUUAAAGUAUUUAAUGAGCCAUAACUUGUCCAAAUGCAUGACGUUUUCUUUUAUCUUAAUGCCUAGGCAACAACACAGUGUAGCCAUCGGUUGCUUUUCUCAUGAACUAGUUAAUGCUUACAGUGAAAUGAUCAGCGCUACGCUUCUCCAGCAAUGGAAUGUAAAAUUUCUCACAUACAAAUGUCACCACCAUCUGUGCAUUGAUUUGCUGUAUGUACUGUAUAUACAUAAAUGUAUAUUGUGUAUAUUAGAUCACUCUGUAUGUAUGUGCUUUUGAAACACACAGCCGUUAUUUGGCUAUUCAGAGAGCAGCAGUCAAAGGAUUUCAGGAUUUUAAACUUGUGUGUAUGGCAGCUGUUAAAAAGUGUGCUUUAUAAACAUACCCAGCACAUGCUUAAAAGAAGAAGAGUGUCAUAUUUAUUAAUGUAAGCAGCACAAUAAUCAUUUUUGUUAAUAUCUGUUGUUUCAAAAGGAAAAAAACAAAAGGAAAAAAAAAAAGCUAAUUUAUUUUAUUUUAUACACUAGCUCAGCAAUUACAAAUUAUUUUUCUAAAUUGAUGUUUUUUCUUUAGAGCUUCACACUUUAUCCCUUUACCUUGGAGGGAAAUUUCACCUUUAAGCAGAAUUCAGUAUCCACCCCCCCAUCCUCCACAUCUGGAAACAUUUGAUCAGUGUUUGUGCGUAUUAGCAGCUUUUUCUCAAAGCUACAAAUCCAUCUUUGUUUUCAUCUGGGACUCUAUCAAAAGAGAAAGUUUUCUCAGUUUCUCUGUUAAGAACAAAUGGCUAAAGAUUAGAGCUCACAGACUGAUUGUUAUGCCUUUAACAAUUAAAGAGCUUCAUUCAUUGAAGUGCUAAGAGUUAUGAACCAGAAAGAAUACACAUAUCUCAGGAAAUCCAUCCAAAUUAGACCAGCAUGUCAAUGGAACAACUUUCAAUAUUUUUUUUUAAUUCUUUUGAUAGUAUCAAGUAUCAGAGACGUUGGGAGCUUUGUGAGAAAACUGUUAAUUGGUGCAAAUCUGGAUCUAGUCUGGAUCCAAGACCACAAAAAAUGAUCGGGAUGGAAUAUGAAUUCUGUUUUACAGUGGGUUUUCUUUUUGAUUUUUUUUUAGCUUUCACAUAGGAAACAGUUAUACAGAAUGAUUAUAUGAGGACAUUUCUAUUGGAUAAUAUUUGCCAGCAAACUCAUCCACGCUUUAGAACGCACUCGCCUAUGAUACUGUUGAGUUUCUGCCUGCACUACAUUAAGCCAUGACUCCCAAGGAACACCCUGUAGCAGUAGAGCUGUUGCUGCUCUUGCUCUCCCUAGUGUUCAUUCUGUGUAAUGUCAUAAGAAAACCUAGACCAGGUGCAGAAAGAAAGCAACUUCCUGGUCUGACAUAAUUACCCACAGCACUGUGCUUAACACCCAAACACCCACAUUCACCCUGCCCAGGGUAGAGAUUUACCAAGCUACAGAAUAUGACCUGAUUUCACCAGUGAAGUCGAGCAGGAAGCUGCUGUUUUUCAUGCACCUGGACCUCGUUGCCGUACAGGAGCACAGACAUCUUUAAAGAGUCCAAAGCUCAACUUUUUUCAGAUGUGUCUGAAGCAUUUUACCCUAUGCUGUGUCACACCAAUACAAACAAUUUUGUUUUCACUAUGAAUAUGCACUGGUAAUAAAAGCACAUGGUUUACUGA